AGCAAAGAUGCGCCGAGCACUCGUUGCCGCCGCCAAGAACGGUGUCGCGUUCCCGUACGAGAAGGACAGCUCUGCGCUCGUCCUGUCAUGCCCUCAAGGUGUCUACAGCGCCGCGCGCACCGUCCAUUCCACGUUUGUGUUUGCGCUCGAUAGCCACUUGAAGCGACUCGUGCAACCAACCAAGGCCAUUGUGAAGGAUGCCACCGACGACGAACUGGCGAGACGAAUUGCACCGCGAGUGCUUGCGACCCUCCGCGCUGCCAUGGUCGAUCUUAAAAGCCAUCAUACCCUUCCCGAUGACCAGGAGUUCAAACUGACCAUGAUCAUGCAGCCGUAUCCAACUGCAACCAACAUGACUGAAGUGGUCGAGGGCCAAGGCGACAUCCUUUGUCAUGUGGGUCUCCUUUGCCCCAAGGAAUCGUCAAAUGUCAAGGUGGAAGUGGCCGGGCAGCCUCGCAACAACCCACUGGUUAAGGACCUGCAGUGGGCAAAGGACCGACAGGCACUGUACGAAGCGAUGACUCCUGGGACGGAAGAGAUCAUUUUGAUGGACCCAAAGACGCGCAGACUGUUCGAAGGCUCCCAAACGAACUUCUUUGUCGUACAGAACAACGCUGUCGUGACGGCCGAAGAAGGCAUUCUCAAGGGCACCAUGCGAGAUCUGGUUCUUGAGAGCUGCGCGACACUCAGCAUUCCGGUGGAACUACGAUCGCCUAGCUUGGACGAAAUCGACGAAUGGAGCGGCGCGUUCAUCACGAGCACGUCCCGGGUGAUCAUGCCGAUUCAAACGUUCGUGUACCACGUUCCGGCGGAAGGAGGAGGAAGCGCUCGUCGGGAGAAAACGUUGUCGUCUUGCUCGAUUGUUCAUGCUCUGUAUCAGCACAUGUUCAAGACGGUGCAAUCCCACGCGACCAAAGUGUUUGAUUAGAAAACGAAAAUAUAGCCAAUCACCUUGCAAGAAGAUUAAGUACAUCUAAUCAAACGAUAAUACAAAAUUCGAAGAGCCAA